AUGCCUACAUACAUUGUUACAUGCAAGGAGGAUGCGUCCCCUGAGCAGGUCGACGCCGCAAAGAAGCAUGCCGAGGACCAGGGCGGCAAGAUCGGCCACUCUUACAACCUGAUCAAGGGCUUCUCUGUUGAUUUCCCCGAAGACUCGAUCAGCACGCUGGAGAACCACGAGCAUGUCAAGGCCGUCGAGAAGGACCAGGUUGUCAAGACCCACGAGAAGGCUCAGCUUAACAACGAGAGCAGACACGGCCGGCCACCCCUCUCAGCAGAGGCCCUUCUCUCGUCUGCCCGCUUCACGCUGUCGCUGCUCCCAAUUCGCCUCGCCCAUCGCAUCCAGGCCCUGCGCAACCUGCCCUACAUCGUCGUGUCCAAUAGCCACAUCACCAAGAUCUACAACAACUAUGAGCACUCCCUGUCCACCCUACUCCCGUGGCUCGAGGAUUCCCCCAACAGCAAGCACACCCUCUCCACGCUCGAGGAUGAGAUCCGCUUUACUGAGGUCCUGGCCGAGCUGGUCCACACCCACACCGAUACCAUCCCCAUCCUGGCGCAGGGUUUCCUAGAGUGCAGGCGAUAUAUAAGCCCUGCCGAGGUCACGCGCUUCCUGGAUGAGCACCUGCGCGCGCGUAUCGGCACCAGGCUCAUCGCCGAGCAGCACAUCGCGCUUCACUUCUCGUCCAAGCCGCACUUCGACCCGGGCGCCUCACCGACGCCCUGCACCGACCACCCCUCCUUCAUCGGCGUCAUCGACACCCACCUGCGGCCCGCGGGCGUCAUCGACUCGUGCGGCGAGUUCGUCGCCGACAUCUGCGAGCUCAAGUAUGGCGUCCGACCGCGCUGGGAGAUCGACGGCGACCCGGACACCACCUUUGCCUUCGUGCCCAACCACCUCGAGUACAUCGUCACCGAGCUGCUCAAGAACGCCUUCCGCGCCACCCCCCCCACUGGCGACGAAAAAGCCCCGCCGCCGUCCCCGGCGAGACACUCCUCUUCCACCACUACCAGUGACGCCAUACGGCCCCUCGACGACAACGCCCCCGGCGUGACCAUCCGCAUCCGCGACCGCGGCGGCGGUAUCGGCCCGGAGAUCCUGCCCAACAUAUGGUCGUAUUCCUUCACGACCAUGUCAGAGGACGAGGACGUGCCCGGCGGAGGCGCCAGCAAUAGCAGUGGUAGCAUAAGCACCAGCAGCACCAGUAUCGACGCGCUGAACGUCAUAUCCAACUCCAGCAACGGUGGCAGCUCCAUCGCGGGGCUGGGGUACGGGCUGCCGCUGGGCCGGGCCUACGCUGAGUACUUCGGCGGGGGUGUGGCCGUGCAGAGCUUGUACGGCUGGGGCACGGAUGUGUACCUGAGGCUCAAGGGCGUCGGGCGGAUAGAGUGA